AUGGAGGGUGUGCGAAUGGUCCCCAAGAACCACGCAUGUCAUACAGUCGCUGUGGGCGCACCUCGCGCGAAGAACGCCAGCCGCCAUAGCCGGGUAUUUUGGGAGUUCCCGUCGAAAUGUCCAGAGCGCAUGGUACAAUGGGCCCGCUUCUUUUGUGUAUUGCGUCACACACAUGCGGCACUUGCAUCGAACACCGUCAUCACGAAAAGAGACAUUUACUAUCGAGAUCCCAACUUAUUUCAGAGUCAGUGUCGAGUGGAUUCCAUGAUCGUGCGCAUAUGCAUGACCCUCUCGUGUACGCGAGCUUCGUUGAAUAUCACGGCUUCAGCGAGGAGUGUCGUGGUAGGACCUAUCCGGUUUCAUACCGUGCAAAACAGCACCAUACGUCCGGAGCGUUACGCCAAGGAUACACUCGAGCAGCUGAUCCCCGAUCCCUCCAUGAUUCGAGGUGUUACAUGUCAUGCAAACUGGAUCCUGAUGGUCGAAAAACAUGCUGUAUUUCAAACACUCUGCUCACUGCGUUUUCUUGAUAAGGUACAACAAUACGGCAUAACCUGUCCUGGACUUCUCAUGACUGGUAAGGGAUAUCCAGAUCAUGCAGCACGAUGGCUUCUACAUGAACUGGUACGCAGCAAGCAAUGCCACUGUGUGUACUUUCUCGUGGACAGCGAUCCACAUGGCAUUGACAUCAUACGCACCUACUGCGAGGCACUGGACCCCUCCGACUGGGCUCGCAUGUAUUGGUUGGGAAUAAAAACGCGGCAGUGGAUGCAGCACACCACCUGCACACAGAUGCUACCCAUGUCACGCGCGGACCGCAACAAGGCCAUGCAUGUGCUCAACCAUCGUACACACCUACCACCCUUACUGCGCAGGGAAGUGGCAGCACAACUUCAUGCAGGGUACAAGUGCGAAAUCGAGGCGCUUGGUGAAGCUGGUGGUGACAACAUGAUCGAGUUUGUAUGCCAUGAAAUGCAACAGUGCACACCUGUCUUAGGCCUUGAUGGUGUGUGA